AUGCUUCUAGCUCUUACUUCUUCUGUCAUGCUUCUUGCCCUUCAGGUCAAGUGCGACUCCAUGAUCAACGUUAUGGCAGAGCGGACGCAGCUGUCAACUCCAGCAGGGCUGACCAAACUGUCCUGGUUCUAUUGGUGCCCAAGUUCUGCUUAUUUCGGUAGGAAGGACCAAGACAGGACAGUCUGUGCCUUCUGUGGGAUCGCGUUGCAUUCUUGGUCCCACACAGACGACCCGAUCGUCGAGCAUCUGCGGUACAACACGGCAUGCAAGCUCAUGGAAUCUUACAACCACAAGUGUUGCGGUGAUAUGCUGCAAGGCGAUGACACCAGCCUGACGAGGCUCUGCAGCGGGGCGAAGGCGAACUGUGUCUCCUUGGACGAUGACGAGAAGCAGGAGAGUCUACACCAAAAGAUCAGGAACGCCCCUUUCCUCAGUGCCCUUCACGCAUUUUACGGGAGCGGAAGCUUUGUGAACGCGAAUGAGAUCAGGAUUCCCUCCUAUCAGAUUCUCCACGUCCAGAGAAAGAUGGAGGACCAGUCUCGACCUUGUCCGAUCAUCCGAGGAUACUGGUGGUCGCAGCCGGGAAGCGGAGGAUCGUUCAGAGGGCUGAAGCUCUGCAACCUGUUUCCUUCUCAAUGUUACAAGUUCAAGAAAGCCAAGGACAGCGCGAUGAAGGCGACGGUUAGUGUGUGGGGGCAUCCAUGGAUGUUUCAAGACUGUUCGAUCUUGUCUGCCGGGGAAAUCGCGAUGAUAUGCUCACACGGUGGAGGGGCUCACAUCAGGAAGUGCAAAGUGGGAGGGAUAGGAGGAGGCGAGUAUGAAAAAGCCUCAACUGGCCUCUACUUGAUGCAGGACUCACAAGUCUUGUCAUGGAAGACAAACUUCACUCACUGCACUCUCUUCGCACUCAGAAUCCUUCACAGGGGGAGGAUCUACUGUGACACGUGA